AUGGCCACCGGUGAGCUCGCAUGCACUUACGCUUCUCUCAUCCUCCACGACGAUGGAAUCGAUGUCAUUGCUGAUAAGAUCUCAACACUGGUGAAAACAGCCAAUUUGAACAUUGAAUCAUACUGGCCUAGUCUCUUUGCCAAGCUUUGCCAAAACAAAAACAUCGAUGAUCUCUUUAUGAACGCUAGUGUUGGUGGCUCUGCUGCUGUUCCCAUGGCUGUGUCUGCUUCUGCCUCUGCAGCUGGAGGAGCCAUUCAAGCUGCCCCAGAAACUGAAGAGUAA